AUGGGUCUCCACCCGCACAUCGUCGUGCGAGAGCACCAGCUCUACGGCUUCCAAUGCCGCGGGCUGUUCGCGCGCAGCUCUAUCGCACGAGGCGAGGUCGUUUGCGAGUGGGACGAAGAAGAGGCCGCUGCGCGGCGAGUGUACCACGCUCGUGACUUAUCAGCGGAACCCGAUCAUAAGAAGCGCGAAAUGAUGAUUCACUUUUCGUACAUGGUCGGUGACGACAUGUACGACACGAUAACGGACCCCGACGAAGACCCGAGCUUUUUUUACAACCACUCGUGCGACCCCAACACAUGGUACGCUACCCCUACUUGCAUGGUCGCCUUGCGCGACAUCCGCCCGGGUGAGCACGUCACGUACGACUACGCCUGCACGGAGACGGAGGGUAGCAUGCAUGCCGGCCUGCACUGCCGCUGCGGCGCCGCGUGCUGUCGCGGAACGCUCACAUUCACCGAAUGGCGCUCGCACGACUGGCAGCGGCGGUUCGCCGGCCACUGCUCGGCUCAUAUUGAACGGAAGAUGGCCGAGUCGGGGUGGUACGACCCGCGCGUAGUGACUCGUUACAAGGGCCGCGGCGCGGAUGCCUUCAAGGGGCUGUUCGCAUUGGCGAACAUCCGACGUGGCGAACCGCUUCUCGUUUUCGCCGGCAAGCUGGUUGGCCUCGAAUAUUUGCUGGGAAGCGACGAGCGCAUACGAGAGCUCUCGUUGCGAGUCAGCGAUCACCUCUGGCAGGUGCCGCAUCCGACGCGUGGGCCCGAGACGCCCGAUGUCAUCAACCACUCGUGCGACCCAAACUGCAAAUUGGAAGACUCGGUGACGGUGGUGGCCUUGCGGGACAUCGCGCCAGGCGAGGAGUUGAGCAUCGACUACGGCAGCACCAACGCAGGCAUCGUCCGCACCAGCAGCGACAACUUCAGUUGCCACUGCGGCGCGUCGAUCUGCCGCGGGGUGGUCACAUGUGACGACUGGCAGCUGCUUGAGCUGCAGCAGCGACUGUGGCCGUUCUUCCCGCCGUUCAUUAAGCGUUUGGGGCGAGGAGGUCAGCACGAGCUACGGGCUGCGGGGAAACGAGGAUCUGCUGGAGGCGUAUGGCUUGGUGCUGCCGGGGAACAUUUUGGAGCCGAUGGGACAACGUUUGAGUUUGGGGCAACAGUCUCUGUGGCGCGGGGAGAGGAGGUGAGCACGAGCUACGGGCUGCGGGGCAACGAGGACCUGCUGGAGGCGUAUGGCUUCGUGCUGCCGGGGAACAUGUUCGACCACGCCCCCCUGCUGCCCUCGCUCUCCCACGCUGUUCACCUUGUUGUGGCUCUCAUCCGCCACCAUAGGGAGCAGCAGAAGGGGGGUGGCAAAUUCGAAGCGGCAAAUCAUGGAGGCUUGCAGCAGCGAGGGGUCAAGCUAGCAGUGCAGCAGGAGGAGGGACAGAGGGGGUUGGAGGGAGGAGCGGGAGGAGAAGGAGAGGAUGACAUAACAACUGGUCGUGGUGGUGAUGGCGAUGAUGUUUGUGGUGGUGUGGCGAAUGAGGAGAGAAGCAGAGGCCGCUGUGUUGCUGCUGCUGCAGAGCACAAGCCGAAGCCUGCAUGUGAUGCUGCUGCAGCUGCUGCCUGCCCUGCUGCUGCUGCGCCUGCUGGCUCCAGUGAAGUGAAGCACACGUGCAGUACUGCUGAUGCUGCUACAGCCGCCACUUGUGAGGCUACAGCGGCCAAUGCAGCCGGGGCAACAGUUCAUGCUACAGCUGGCAGUGUUUCCAGCCCUUCCCCUCGCAUUCAACCCACCCCCUCUUCCAUUCCUUGGCGGGAAGAGAUUAAGCAGAAGCUGCUGCGCGUGUGGGGGAGCGCUGGUGCUGGUGCUGGUGCUGGUGCUGGUGCUGGUGCUGGUGCUGGUGCUGGUGCGGGUGCGUGGCUAAUUGACGGUGGAGAGAGAAGCGGGGAGGGAGAACCUGAGCGCACGACUAUUCCACUGCAUCGGCUGAAGCGGCAGCUGUGGCGGGUGGCAGCGCGGGCAGUGGAGGCCGUGGUGAGGGAGCGAGAGGAGGAGGGCGGGAAGUUCUACAGCGCAGCUGAGAGUGGCGGCCCACCGUUUGAGCUGAUGCAGCGGAUCAGGAGAGUGAGCGAGGUGGAGGAGGUGCUGGGGGGCGUGGAGGAGAGGACAGAGGCGGACAAGGAGAGCAGGGUGGGCGUGGCGGUGUGGGCGAGAGGGCUCGUGGAGCCCAAUCUCAUCGCUGCCCUUGCUGCUGUGUAUUACUACUUGCAGUAUCAGCGAGGUGCGAUCUCUGGCCGGACAGGUGAGGCGGGCAGGGAGGUGGGUAUGGGCGUGGCGGUGUGGGCGAGAGGGUUCGUGGAGCUCAAUCUCAUUGCUGCUCUUGCUGCUGUGUUCUACCAUCUGCAGUAUCAACGAGGCGGGUGCGCUUGCUGCUCCAUUCUACCUUCUGCAGCAUCAACGAGGUGUGUGCGUUCUCUGGACCUUUCUGUGAUGAUCUACUCUCUGCAGCAUGGAAAAGGUGGGGCUUUGGCCGUGGCACCACUGCUAUUUCCAGCACCAGACAGAUCUUCUGCAGUGUUGACCAGCUCAGCAGUGUACCUGGGAUGGGCCGUCAGCAACAGUACGUUUCGGUUCCUCUUCUCCCCACCCCCCUCCGCGCCCCUGACAUGCUGCUUCAUUCCUUUUUCCAUCCCCCCUUAUACACACACAGACCCCCCUACAGUGUUAACCAGCUCAGCGGUCUACCUGGGGUGGGCGGUCAGCAACAGCUCCUGCCGGUUCCUCUCCUCGCCCGCCCCUGACAUGCUGCCCGCCCUGCAAGCAGCGGCCGACACCGUUCGUCUGCUAGCGCAGGCGCGGCUGCAGCAGAUGCCGACCGGCAUAGAAGAGGACGAAGCGAUCCUGAGGGAGCUGGAGCGGUGCAAGGAGAGGGAAAGGAGAGAGGAGAGUGGGAGACGGGAGGUAAGGAGGGGAGACACAGAGGGAGAGGGAGUAAAGGAAGGCGAGGAGGUGGAAGGGAGGGGCGACGACGAGGAGAGGAGGCGAAGGGAGGAAGAGGAGGUUGAGAGGGGUUGUGAGGAGUGGCGGAGAGGAGGUAGUGGAGAUGGGGAGAGGGGGAGACGCGGGGCAAGAGAGACACUCUCAGGAGGGAGGCCAACUGGAGGGAGGUUGAAACGAGGGAGGUCGAGAGGAGGGAGGUUGGGAGGGGAGAGGAUGACAGUGAUGGGAGUGCGGUGCAGGUGUGCAGUGCUGCUGCCAGUGCUGGAGGAGAAGGUAACAGCGGUGCAGUUCCGAUUGAGCAGGAAGCAAGUACUGCAGGGUGUGGUGGCACGGCUGGGAGCUGCAUGCCCUCCCACUGACAGCCUGGUUGCUUCAUAA